AUGGGGUAUGCACGCACCAGCUGGUUGGGGACCCUCCGCCUACGCUGUCUCAGGGGGGCUACAGUGAGAUGGUGGUCGAGAGGGUUAGAGAGAGGAAGAAGAGAAGAAGAGAAGAGAAGAGGAAGAAAGGUGGUGGGAGCCCUUUUAUACCCCCAAGAACACGCGCACCUUCCCAAAACGCACUCUUGCCCUGGCCCUACAAUUUUUGUGUGCAAAGUUAUUGUAGAGCUCUGCGGUGAACGUGUCUGUCAAGAUGGAAAAUUGAUAUUCAUAGAAAGUGCAAGUAACAUAAACGGCGUCCUCUUUUUAGCCUAUGCCCCAGGCAGUAGACAGGACAGGGUUCAUCAAUCAAUCCACACACGAAAACCACCAUCUAACUUCCAUGCACCCUAUAUUUGCAAGAUCUAG